GUUAGGGCAGGUUAGGUUUGCUCAAGUAUUCAAUGGGCUUAAGGACUUUUCGUUUGUAACGGGUGAUACUUCCUACCAAAACAAGGUUCCACGAAGUAUAAUUUCUCCUAAAUAUACUUCCCACAUUAUCCUAAAUACCGUCAUAGUAAAUCUUCAAAUAUGCAAUCGACAUCUAGCCUUCAAGAACCCUCGGAGACUACGCUGAGACAUGCAAUUCUUCAGUUGAUAGAACCAGUAGUCUUUAAUAAUUUGCUACGAGAUUCCAAUGGCAAACACUUAUGGAAAUUCCUUGACUGGAAUCCCAAUGAUCUCGCUGAAAAACUUGGAGAUUUAAAGCUGCCAUUUAGAAUUGGUUUCAAUGCCAGAACGACGGAACCACAAUGGGAUUUGAAAUGCGAUGUGAAGAGCAUGACCAUGAGAAACUUUCUUGAAAAUGUUGGAACUCUAGUGGAGAGUAACGAGUGGCAGUACUUUGAUUACAAGUAUAUGCAUGAAUGGUUUAGUCAUCAUCCUGAAAUACUUUCAUCAUUUGAUUGGAAAAGGUUUGGGUUCGACCAACGGGGUGAAGAUUCCACAUUGUGGAUUGGAAGCCAAGGAGCACAUACUAAUUGUCAUCAGGACACUUACGGCUGUAAUCUAGUGGCUCAAGUACAUGGAAGAAAGCGAUGGCUUUUAUUUUCACCAGACUCUCACAACAAACUUCAACCGACAAGAGUCCCCUAUGAGGAGUCAACAGUUUACAGUAGCUUUAAUUUCUUUUGCCCAUCAAAAGAUGAUGAGGAAGCUCUACUAAGAACUGACCCAAAAGCAAGAAUGGUAAUACUGGAACCUGGACAGGUAUUACUGGUCCCUAAUGGAUGGUGGCAUUAUGUCGAAUCCAUUGAUUUAAGCAUCAGUGUCAAUAUAUGGAUUCCACUAGCAGCAGAUUGUCACUCCAGAGUCGGCGAGGCUCUUGUUAAUUUAAUAGUCAAGGAGAUUGGAAAAGGAUUCAUUCCUACUUCUGAUAAAACACUUCACGCACCAAGUGAGGCUGUGAGAUUAAUACAAACAUGUAUUGAGAAGUGCAAUGUUGAAAAAGACGAUUCACCAUCAGUUAAAAAAUUUAAAGAAACUCGCUGGUCAGCAAAAGAGUUGGUGGAACAAUAUUUUAAUUACGUAACACUCAUUCCUGUAUUAAAAAAUGAAGAAUUGCAAGAAUUGCUUUCAAAAAAUCGAGACAGAUUCCCAGACAUUAAACACAAAUAUUUGGAAAUGAAUCGCUCCAACCAAAGCUCGGUGCAUCAACAAAUAAGAAAUGACGUAGUUAAUGCCCUUUGUCAUCCUGAUGUUAUUGAGAAAGUGACACACCUCAUCCUACGCUCAAGCCAUCUGAGAUUCGGAGACGAAAGAGUUUUGCUGAGAAAACAUUAUACUAUCCCCAUUGGAUUUUUGGUGAGAAUUGUGACCAUUCUGAAAAUCGCCAGAAUUAUUUCUUCGAUGCACUAUUCCGACGUAAUUUGGCGAGAUGAAUCGAUUACGCACAGUCCGAAUACGCUGCAAGCAGUGGAUCAAGAGUUACAGUCUAAAAAAUGAAAGAUUUUCUUCGUAAUUCGGCUACUGUUGGUCCUACAUUCUUUUUGGCAACCUUUCUGUGUUUCUGAGGGUCCAAUUCGUCGGGCAACAGUUACGGCCGGAAAAUGUGUCAUCCCUGAUGGGCAAGGAAUAUGGAAAAUUCAUAGCUACGAAGCUUUUGAUUCAGUUCAGUUACAGUUUAUUCAAUAUGCCUUAUUUCUAGUGCAUAUGUGCGAGUAUCAGUGUAUAGUACUUCGACAAGUAGCCAAAUAAUAUGUGACAUAAAGUGAAACACAACGAAAAUAUAAGGCAGAAAAAGUGCAAUAUACAUUACUUUAAGCGGCAUGCGAAAAUGAUGGGAUAAAAUAGUUAUUUUUGUAGUUUGUGAGAAUAGCCAAAGUCCUGUCCUACGCACAGGUGCAAUGUACAUGUGCAGGAUACUGUAUAUAUGAUAUUGUAUUGUUACUAUUGCAUGUAUCCUGUAUUACAUUCAAUAAAUGAAUAAUACCCCUGUGUACUUUU